AUGGAGGCUGUUCUACAAACAAAGGGCCUUCUUUCUCUACCUUCAAACCCCAAAUUAAGGGUAUUCAAAUCACCUCAAAGUAGUUUAAUUAGGCAAAGAAUUAGCACCCCAAUUGCCCUGAAACCUAAUCCUCUUCAAGGGUUUUCAAUUUCUUCAAAUGGGUUUCAAAAAUUUCAUGGGGUUGUGUCAAAUUCAAAAGGGUUUGCCCAGAAUUUGAGAAAUUCUCCAAUUUGUCGGGCUGAGGCGGCUGCAGCUGCUGCUGCGCCUGAUGGUGGUAGUGGUGAUGAAAUUCAACAACCAAAGUUUUUGGGGAUUGAAUUAAUCACAUAUAAGAAGAUUAUUCCACUUGGAUUAAUGUUCUUUUGUAUCCUAUUUAAUUACACAAUUUUGAGGGAUACUAAGGAUGUGUUAGUUGUAACAGCAAAAGGGUCUAGUGCUGAAAUUAUUCCAUUUCUGAAAACUUGGGUUAAUUUGCCAAUGGCUGUUGGUUUUAUGGUGUUAUACACUAAAUUGGCUGAUGUUUUGCCUAGGAAGACAUUGUUUUAUACUGUGAUUCUUCCCUUCAUUGCCUUCUUUGGUGCUUUUGGGUUUGUCUUGUAUCCUAUGAGCAAUUAUUUCCACCCCACUGCUCUUGCUGAUAAGCUUCUGACUGUGCUCGGACCGAGGUUUCUCGGUCCCCUUGCUAUUCUGAGGAUCUGGAGUUUCUGUUUGUUUUAUGUCAUGGCUGAGCUAUGGGGGAGUGUGGUCAUUUCUGUGCUCUUUUGGGGUUUUGCUAAUCAGAUCACUACGGUUGAUGAAGCUAAGAGAUUUUAUCCUCUGUUUGGGCUAGGAGCUAAUAUUGCCCUCAUUUUCUCUGGACGAACAGUGAAAUAUUUCUCCCAACUCAGGCAAAACUUGGGGCCUGGUGUAGAUGGUUGGGCUGUCUCUCUUAAGGGUAUGAUGAGCAUUGUGGUACUAAUGGGCCUUGCUAUCUGUGGUAUUUACUGGUGGGUGAAUACAUUUGUACCGCUUCCAACCCGCAGCCAGAAGAAAAAGGAGAAGGUCAAAAUGGGAACAAUGGAGAGCUUGAAAUUUUUGGUGUCACAAAAGUACAUUAGGGAUCUUGCUACCGUUGUUGUUGCUUAUGGUAUCAGUAUUAACCUUGUUGAGGUUACAUGGAAGUCAAAGCUUAAAGCUCAGUUCCCUAGUCCAAACGAAUAUUCUGCUUUCAUGGGUGAUUUUUCAACGGCAACCGGGAUAAUGACCUUCACAAUGAUGCUUGCCAGUCAGUUCAUAUUUGACAAGUUUGGUUGGGGAGUUGCAGCUGCCAUUACACCUACAGUUCUUCUCAUUACAGGAGUUGGAUUCUUCUCAUUGAUUUUAUUUGGUGCUCCACUUGCACCAAUGAUCGGAUCCAUUGGGUUGACUCCUCUUCUAGCAGCAGUUUAUGUGGGUGCCUUGCAAAAUAUUUUCAGCAAGAGUGCAAAGUACAGUUUGUUUGAUCCUUGCAAGGAAAUGGCUUACAUUCCAUUGGACGAGGACACUAAGGUUAAGGGGAAGGCAGCUAUUGAUGUUGUUUGCAACCCACUUGGAAAGUCAGGAGGUGCUCUAAUCCAGCAGUUCAUGAUCUUGACCUUUGGCUCACUAGCCAACUCAACCCCAUACCUUGGAGGAAUUCUGUUGCUAAUUGUAACCGCAUGGUUAGCAGCAGCCAGGUCAUUGGACAAACAAUUCACUGAGUUGCGUAGGGAGGAGGACCUCGAAAAAGAGAUGGAGAGAGCUGCUGUUAAGAUCCCAGUCGUGGCUGAGAACAGCAGCGAAAACGGUUCCCUCAGCAGUGGGUCCGAUUUGAAUCCAACAGUUGGUGACCUGCCAGGAAGUUCAUCUGAGAGGCUCAAGUCCCAGUAAGAUUAUAAUUAUUUGUUAGCUCUAUAAUUUAUCAAUGCAAAAAACACAAGAAAGAAGAAAGAGUUUGUUUGGUUGUAGAAUUUGUAAUAGAAAGUGAGGAUCUGAAAAUAAUCCUACCAGCUGGAAAUGCUGAGAUUGCCUCAAGAAGGCGCUCAUGUUCGUUGAAUUAUAUAGGUAGUUAGAUAGAUUGGCUGGAUUAAGGUGGUUAAAAUUGAAGCUCCUAAAAAAUUGCUGGCCUUCGCCGCAAUGUAGAAGAUUUUGGUGUAUUUCAUAAUUUGAUGACUAUAUCCUAUUUUGCCCUUUAAGGAUGAAUAUCUGCUCAUGCUUUUAUAAAUCUGGUCAGUUUUUGUGCA